AAUCGUCAGAUGAUCGUGAAAAUUAUCAACGCUCUACCUUUACAGAAGCUGGUCGUUUUAAAUGCAAUACAAGUCACUUGCGAUAACAUUGAGCCAGAUACAGAGUCUAGUCAACAACAGUUUUCUCAGGAGACAUGGAGGACACUUGUCAGGCUCCUACCUGUUGGAAUUACCAUCCGCAUUGGAGUCAAUAAUGCAAUGCUUGCUCUCCUUGGUGGCGCCAUUGACGCUAUGAAACGAGCCCCUGAUACAUUCCCCAGUGGUCGGCGACUUAAACGACUCCAUCGACAGCAAGGGGUUGGAAGUCUUCCACUAUCCAAUCUUGUUCUCCUGGCAUCCCACAACAUCCCAUUCCGACUUCAUGGUACCGUUGACACGCCAGACCAGGAAAGGCUCUAUAAUGGACUACUUGACCAUUUAGUCAAAUUUCGAGACUUGAACACGCAGCUCAAGCCAAAGGGUCAACCAUUAGAAGCUCUGUCGUUUGAAGACUUGCGACUCCCCUUUGCUCGUCAAUUCGCUGAGCGACUCUACGAAGUCACCGGUAAGCUGUCAUACGACGAUAUCGUCUGGGAUCCUGUCAAGAUCCGUCAAGAAGUCAGACAUUCGAGGAAGAAAAUGAGGCGCUUGAGACGAACUUAUCCCGAGCUGGGCUUUUCCGAAAGCGAUCCAGACCUGUCCUCGUUGUCUUCGGACAGCGAAAUCGAAUAGGAAUCCAAUUGCACUUGAAAGUGGAAAACACUGAUGCAACAAAUAUGGUUUUCUCUUCGAUAUCGAAUGCAUUGAUACAUAUGAUAGAUCAUACAUACAUCAUAGUCACAAAUAAAAAAAGAGGUCGAAAUAUAGAAGAAUUCAAAGGGGGUUAGUUCGGCACAUACCCAUUCGAAGUUACAAAGUCUUGCCAGACGGUGUGCA